CGGAGAGGAGUUGGAAUUUUGGCGGGUCCGGCUGUGCAGAGUAAAGGGGUGAGGAGCCGGGUAAGAAGCGAGUCUGCGAGUUUUGAGGGCCAAGGUUCUGCAUUGCUGCCAUCUCCUGGUCACCUGAUACUCCCUCAGUUUUCCAUCAUCACUGUUCACUUGACAGCAUGGAUGGAGAGGAAGAUGAUUUGUCUCUGCUGACUGCAUUGCUGGAGGAGAAUGAGUCGGCCUUGGAUUGUAAUUCAGAAGAGAGUCAGCCCUUGACCCAGGAAGAUGGUGAACCUGACUCAUUUGAUGAGCUCUUUGACGCUGAUGGUGAUGGUGAAUCUUACACAGAGGAGCCUGAUGAGGGAGAAGUGGAAAAGGCUGAAAACCAAAAGGAGAAUUUGGCCACUCUCUUUGGAGACAUGGGAGAUUUAACAGAUGAGGAAGAAGCUCCUACAUCACAGUCAACUAAAGAGAGGGUCGUCCCUGCUCCUGCUCCCAGUCAAGGGAAGACUAAUCAGGAGUUGCAAGAUGAAUUAAGGAAGUUGCAAGAGCAAAUGAAGUCCUUACAAGAACAGCUGAAACUAGCGACAAUUAAACAGCCUGCAAGUCCAACCCUUUCACGUAAAACCCCAGUAGAUAAGCCUCCACGUCCCCCUCUUAAGGAGAAGAAAGUUCAGAAAAUUCAGGAGUCAUUGUGUUUUGCUGCGGAGCUUGACAUCCCUACUCUACCAAAACCCAAGCGAGUGGCUCGGACACCAAAGGUCUCAUCUGCAGAGCCCCAGUGUUCAUCUUUGAAGAUGACAAGUGUACUCUCCCAGCCACUCCGAACAACUCCUGGGAACAAGCCUGGUGGGAUGACUAGGGAUCAGAGUGCAGGGACACCCAGGAGCUCUGGGGAGAUGACUCAGGAUGUCUCUGUGGAAGCCUUCUCCGGCCUGAGGCUCAGAAAGCCUCGAGUAUCCUCCACAGAAAUGAACAAGAAAAUGAUCGGCCGAAAACUUAUCAGACUGUCUCAGCUCAAGGAAAAGAUGGCAAUUGAGAAGCUGGAAGAAAUAGACUGGGUGACGUUUGGGGUUAUAUUGAAGAAAAUCACUCCACAGAGUUCUAACAGUGGGAAAACAUUUAGCAUCUGGCGACUGAAUGAUCUUCGUGACCUGACGCGAUGCGUGUCACUGUUCCUGUUUGGAGAUGUUCACAGAGAACUCUGGAAGACUGAGCAGGGUUCCGUCAUAGGGCUGCUCAAUGCAAACCCCAUGAAGCCCAAGGAUGGUUCAGAGGAGAUAUGCUUGUCUAUUGAUCAUCCUCAAAAGAUCUUAAUUAUGGGGGAAGCUCUUGACCUGGGAACCUGUAAAGCAAAGAAAAAGAAUGGAGAACCAUGUACACAGAUUGUGAAUUUGAAGGACUGUGAGUACUGUCAGUAUCACAUCCAGGCCCAGUACAAGAGGCUUAGCGCCAGGCGAGCUGACUUGCAGUCCACCUUCUCUGGAGGCCGCAUUCCAAAGAAGUUUGCUCGCAAAGGCAUCAGCCUGAAAGAACGGCUGUGUCAGGAUGGUUUUUACUACGGAGGCGUUUCUUCAGCCUCAUAUGCAGCCUCAAUUGCAGCCGCUGUUGCACCUAAAAAGAAGAUUCAAACCACUCUGACUAACCUGGUGGUUAAGGGCACAGACUUGAUUCUUCAGGAAACUCAACAAAAACUAGGAAUGCCCCAGAAGAGCUUGUCUUGUUCUGAGGAAUUCAGGGAAUUGAUGGACUUGCCUACAUCUGGAGCCAGAAACCUGAAACAUCAUUUAGCCAAAGCCAAGUCAUCAGGGAUCGUAGGAAGCCAGAAACCUGCUUUCCAGUCUAUCUCAGCAUCAGCCCUCUUGAAGCAACAGAAGCGGCAUAUGUUAGAGAUGCGGAAAAAGAAAUCAGAAGAAAUACAGAAACGCUUUUUGCAAAGCUCCAGUGAAAUCAAGAGCCUAGCUGUGCCAUCCUCUUCUCAGCAGCCCCCUUGUCGAUCUCCACCAACGGGGGCUGAAUUCCCCAAGAUGAAAGGAACCCCAACUGCACAGAUGCCCAAGCUUGGAAGAGGCAUCUCAGAAGGAGAUGAUGUCCUCUUUUUUGAUGAGUCACCACCACCAAGACCAAAACUGAGUGCCUUAGCAGAAGCCAAAAAGUUAGCUGCUAUAACCAAAUUAAGGUCAAAAGGCCAGAUUCUUACAAAAACAGACCCAAAUAGCAUUAAGAAGCUAAAGGAACCCCAGGAUGUCCUGGAAGUGAAGGAACGUGUAGAAAAGAACAGCACACUUUCUCCUCAAGCUGAGGAUGAAUUGGAGCCUGCCAAGAAAAAAAGGAGAGAACAACUUGCCUACGUGGAAUCUGAGGAAUUUCAGACAAUUCUAAAAGCAAAAUCGAAGCACACAGGGAUUUUAAAAGAGGCUGAGGCUGAGCUGCAGGAACGCUAUUUUGAGCCUCUGGUGAAAAAAGAACAAAUGGAAGAAACGAUGAGAAACACCCGGGAAGUAAAAUGUCGAGUUGUGACAUGCAAGACGUGUGCCUACACCCACUUCAAGCCUCUGGAGACCUGCGUCAGCGAGCAGCAUGACUACCACUGGCAUGACGGUGUGAAGAGGUUUUUCAAGUGUCCCUGUGGAAGCAGAACUAUCUCCCUUGACAGACUCCCCCAGAAGCACUGCAGUAACUGUGGCCUCUUCAAAUGGGAACGGGACGGAAUGUUAAAGGAAAAGACAGGUCCAAAGAUAGGAGGAGAAACCUUGUUACCAAGAGGAGAAGAACAUGCCAAAUUUCUGAAUAGCCUUAAAUAGCCCUCACUUCAAACAGGAGUGUAAAUCUGUUUGCCUGAGUUGUCACUGAUAGCAGCCCGUCUCAGCCUCUGCUCUUACAGGUAAAGCAGACACUUCGGAUGCCAUGGGGAGAGAUUUGGAAACAGCGCCACUCCCAAGAAGGAUGAUGGGCUCCAAAAAUGAAAUUCUGUAUUUGUCAGUAUUGAGGAAAGAAAGAACGAUGUAUCUAAAGAAAAUAACAGGUACAAAAGGUGGAAGAAAUCCAUGGGCAUAGCUUGACAGUAGUUUGUGGAAAAGCUGUAGAAAUUUCGAAAGUUAAAGAAAGCCAAGAAUAUCGCCACACAGCUGAACUUUCCAGAUCAAAUGGAGAUGAGACCUGCCUUGUCCUACACAGUCAGCCACAUAGCCAAUAAAAUUGACUUGCGUUUUGGAGAAAAGCCAGACAGCGGUAAUUGAGGUGGUGAAAACUCAAAGCCUUUUCACUGAAAAAGGAAAGAAAGACUAGAAAUAUAUAUACAGUGGGUUUUUGUUAUUCAUAGUAAUUGUUUCAUGAAGCUACCAACUGAGCUAGCAGAUACACAAUCACUGCUCCUAGAGGAAAUACAGGUUAGGUUUCCAUGAGCCUCUAGUCACGUUUUGUUCACUGGCCCAAUAAAUAACUUUAUAGUAUAUAUGUUUGUUUAAAGACACCUUAUUUAAUAUAUAUUGUUGACUCAUUAACAUGGAACUCGCAGUCAACAGCCCUGUGACUCCUGACCAAAUGAAACUGAUCUCAGCACAUGAGUUUUCUCCGGAUGAUCCAUGCAUCCCAUCCUUCUUGCCCUCAGGAACACUAGAUCAUACUUCAGCACUCCACUUGGGAGCCAUUUUCAACAUCAAAAGCACCUCAGAAAAGCACAACAGUGUGACAGACGUGGCAUGGAAAGGACAUUUUUUUACAGUAUCAGAGCUGAAAUUAGCAAAAAAUGUUGCUUUGACCUCAUCUAGGAGCAACUCAAGUUUCUUGUUAGUCUGCACAUGUGUGUGUCCGUAGUGACCACACAAAAAACACCACAGGUACUGUUUUUGGGAUUAGAAGUAAAAUUUAGUUAUUAGGUGAUUUUGGAAAAACACAGAAUCCACAAAUAAUGAGGAACAACUGUGUAAUAUUUCCCAAAACAGGGCCAGACCAGAAUUUUUCUCAUUUUGCAGAUUAGAAAAUUAAGUGAUUUGAAACAUGGAUUGCAACUAAGUCUGUGAUAAUGUUGCUUAAGCAGAGACUUCGCUAUUGGUGUUUUUUUAAGUCAACUUUAUUAAGGGCUAAAUUUCACACAGCAAAGAGCACACAUAUUAAGUAUAUUGUUUGGUAAAUUUUGGCAAAUUUAUUCACCCACAUAACCACCACCAAAGGCAUGAUAGAGGGCAUUGUCAUUACCCCAAAAUGUUGCCUUUGCCACUUCCCAGUCAGGCCACAUGCCCUAGUCACAUCCAUCACUGAGCUGUUUAGAUCUGUUUCCAAGAGUUUCAUAUAAAUGGAGUCAAAACAACAUACUCUUAUACGUCACAUAUUUUGAAAUAAAGCCAUGUUGUUUCCUGUG